ACGAGCCAUUACCAUCAUUCUCUCCUCCAACCUGAUUUAUACCAAACUCCUUGCAUUCUAGUAACACCCUGCAGCUGUUAAGGUUCUGUCAGGCGCAGGAAAACUUGGCGGACUGUUGCGGGUUGAUCUUGAAUUCGUGUCGAGCAUCUACUUACAUCCUGGUUAAACCUGGAUAUUCAUUUCACAUGGUUGCUAUGUGAACAUCACCCCACAAACUGGUUACAUCAUUGCCUGCCUCUGUCUCCCGGCCUUGGUUAUCAUCGAAUUUCUACCGGUCACCGACUAUUCCCUCGAAUUCAUCCGUCAAAUCCGAAGCAAGCUAGGUGCCUCAGUCAAACGGUGCCAACCAUCUGCCCAUCCUGACCAAAUCUGAUAUCGUCGGAAUCCUCAAUGCCACACCCUCUGGAAUGAAAAGGCAGACAUAAGAUGUGGCGAUGACUAUCCAAUAACGGUGCGCACAAGCAGUAGGAGGUUGCUUCAUCACCCGCGAUAGAGCCAAGAUGGGUAAUUCUCAGACGAAGGAGGCACGUGGGCAGGGCUCUACAGGCUCUCGGGUCAGUGGCAGCAAUAGCCCGGCUCUGCGACAGGAUGGACAAGCAAAUGGCCAGGAAAUACCGAUUCGACCAUAUUCAUCUUCUCGACAGACAAGAGCAGCUCGCGAUUUCACCUUUCUCGGAAUUGGGGGAAGCAGUGACCAAGACGCCCCAUCGCUCGAAGCGAAAAGGGAAACAAAACAGGAAAGGGAAGCAAGGAAGGCAGAGAAAGAGAGAGCAGCAAGACUCAAGGAGCGCGAGCGGAGCAUGAAAGAGGAGAAUGUUGAUGGUGGCUAUCUCGUCACACAGGGUGUUUACGUUGGCGCGGAAGAUUUCAACAAAGGUAUUGUUCGGCAACUCAUGAUUGAACGCAGGCUAGCGCCGUUCUGGAGAGGCUUAAACGACUUUUCGGAUUCCUGGGCUGAACAUCAGCUUAUGGCUGCCGCUCGAGGUAUGGCAAUCCCUCCGGCCGACGAGGUACCUCCGGAACUCGAAUACCAGCUUGCCAAAAGAAUCACAUCAGACAAAACCACUCAGUCAGCCAUGAAGAACCUCACAAUACCCAUCCAAGGCAGGUCACAGUCAUUCCAGUCGGACAGAUCAGCUCCUCUGUCGCCUGCUAUGAAUUCUUUACCGCUCCCUUCUCCCGGUUCUAUGCGGCCCGCCAGCCCUAGCGGCAACAUCUUGAGCAGAACUCGAGCUAAAACAUUGGCUUCAUUGACGACAUCUUCUCGGGGCAGUUCUCAAGCUGAUAUGACGCCCAGAGAGUUCCAACUCCCUCCAGACCCUUUUGUGAAUGGACAGCCAAUCGAAGUCUACCUAUAUAAAGAUGCCGCAGAAUGCCCCAUUUGCUUUUUAUAUUAUCCGCCAUAUCUCAACACCACUAGAUGCUGUGAACAACCAAUCUGCUCAGAAUGUUUCGUGCAGAUAAAGAGGCCAGAUCCGCAUCCUCCCGAACAUGAACAGCCCGAUCCAAAUGCACCGCCUGUUCCAGAAGCUGAACGUGAAGCACAAGCGGAAGGCUUGCUUGUCUCGGAGAUUGCGACAUGCCCCUACUGCAAGACACCUGAUUUCGGCAUUACAUAUACACCACCGCCAUUCCGCAGAGGGCUGACCUAUGGUGUUGGAUCUCAACCGUACCAGAUUAUGUCAGCGAGGUCUUCUCAAACCUCCGUAUCUUCAGGAAAUCUGUCUCCUGGUCCUGGCCGAAGACGCGGGACCUCACUCUCAGCAAAUGCGCCUGAAGUGAUUACCACCGACAAGAUUCGUCCGGACUGGGCCACCAAACUUGCAGCUGCUCGAGCUCAUGCUGCUCGCCGAUCUGCAGCAGCCACCGCUUUACACACAGCAGCCUAUUUAAUGAACGGCCAAAACCCUGAUUCCAGAUCGUUCUCAGGGUUCGGCCGAAGAAACGUGCUCAGGCGAUCAACACUGGACAAUGUUGAGAGCAACAGCAAUCCUAGUUUGAAUGCUCUUGCCAUGCUAGCGGAGCGGCAUGCUGCACGUCAGCAAGAGUCUUCUCCUAACGAAAGUCGACCAAAUCCAUUUUUGCCUCCUCCACGCGGAAGCAGCUCUCGGAGGAGUCGGAUGGAUGACCUUGAAGAUAUGAUGAUGAUGGAAGCCAUCAGAUUAAGCUUAGCAUCCGAAGAAGACCGUCGGAGGAAGGAAGAAAAAGAAGCUCGCAAAGAAGCAAAGAGAAAAGAAAAGGAAAGCAAAAAGGUGGAAAAGGCUGCCAGGAAGAACAGUCUUUUCACUCUCAACUCCAACACCAGUACUGCUGACGCAUCCAGCAUGGAGAGAUCUCGCAGCAAUCUGUCCCUAGGUCAAGAUGACGACUCUAUCUCCGGAAAGGGCAAAGGCGUCGAGCGUGAUGGGACCCCUCCCCAGGAAGGAGCGAAGCUGGAGGAUGAGAGCCUACGGCCGUCGUAUAUCCCAGCUCUAUCACUCUCGGGUACGAGUCAAGAAUCCAUCGCAUCGUCCAUUCCAAUUCCCACCGCCUCCGAGCCCUUUCGGAGAUCACACCUCCGACAGAUGUCCAAUGCUUCAUCAGCCUCGUCUUCGUUUGUUGAGUCAGGUCCCGUGGCUACUUUUUCGGGUACUGGGACACCACCACCAGGAAGCUUGGAGCCAAUGUUCAAUUUUAGAAGUCUGGCAGCCAUGAUUGGCCAGGACGAGAAAGGGGAGAACAGCGCACACGUUGAGAAUGCUGAUGAACCCUCACCAACCUCGUUUGAAGAAGAUCAAGGCCACUCACCGUUGGCCAAGGACGAAGGCGCCCCAACAAUGGGUGAUAUGAGUCCUUCUGGAUCUUCAGAAACGGACUCUAGGAAGGUAUCUGAGGAUGACUCGGCGUUGACGAAGGAGAGACAUGUCGUUGAGACAUCGGCAGCUGUCUCAGAUGUAUGAAAUUGAAGAGACCAGGAAUAUCGGAUGUCAGGAUAGGGAACUGCGGCGUUCGGAGCGAUCCCCUCUGGUUCGAUGCCGAGAACAUCUUGCCAUUUUUCUUGGAAUGGUCCACGCAUGACGGAUUCGUACAAUGUUGGACUCUUGAGAGAUGAGUCCCGGGGUGGAUUAUGUCACUCACUGCCUCUCGAGUUAUGAAGAGCAUUCGGGAGGAUUUAUCUGCGGCUGGUUGCUGCAGGAAGACGUACGAGUGCCACUUCUCGAAAUAUAGAGCUUCAGAAAUACAUGUGGAAUGUCUCUUGUCACCUGUGGCAUGGUGUCAUUUCGCUUUUAUUUGAAAC